GCUUUACGGCCGCGGGACGGAGCGAGCCGGCGUUAGGGCCACUCCGGCCGGGAAGCGGGACAGGCGAGAGAGGUUGAUGCCCGGCGGCGGGGCGAGCGCGGCGUCUGGCCGGCUUCUGACCGCUGCGGAGCAAAGAGGGGCCCGAGAAGCGGUGGGGGCGGCGUCCAGGAGCGGCCCGGGGGUCUCCGGCAGCGGCGGCAGAGGCGGAGCAGGAGGCCCCGGGCCGGGCAGUGGAGGCCCGGGGGGCCCUGCGGGCAGGAUGAGCCUGACCCCGAAGGAGCUCUCGAGCCUGCUGAGCAUCAUCUCGGAGGAGGCGGGCGGCGGCACCACCUUCGAGGGCCUGUCCACCGCCUUCCACCACUACUUCAGCAAGGCUGACCACUUCCGCCUGGGCUCUGUGCUCGUGAUGCUCCUGCAGCAGCCGGACCUGCUGCCCAGCGCGGCGCAGCGCCUCACGGCGCUCUACCUGCUGUGGGAGAUGUACCGCACCGAGCCGCUGGCCGCCAACCCCUUCGCCGCCAGCUUCGCGCACCUGCUCAACCCCGCGCCGCCCGCCCGCGGCGGCCAGGAGCCGGACCGGCCACCGCUCUCGGGAUUUUUGCCUCCUAUAACUCCACCAGAAAAAUUUUUUCUUUCCCAGCUGAUGCUGGCACCCCCAAGGGAACUCUUCAAAAAGACACCGCGACAGAUUGCACUGAUGGACGUUGGAAACAUGGGCCAGUCUGUAGAUAUAAGCGGGCUUCAGCUGGCCUUGGCUGAACGCCAGUCUGAAUUGCCAACCCAAAGUAAGGCGAGCUUCCCCAGUAUUCUCAGUGACCCAGACCCGGAUUCUUCAAAUUCUGGAUUUGACAGCUCAGUUGCCUCUCAGAUCACGGAAGCUUUAGUCAGUGGACCAAAACCACCUAUUGAAAGCCAUUUUCGGCCGGAGUUUAUUCGCCCACCACCUCCACUCCACAUCUGUGAAGAUGAGCUGGCAUGGCUAAACCCAACAGAGCCUGACCAUUCGAUCCAGUGGGACAAAUCAAUGUGUGUUAAGAAUAGCACGGGUGUAGAGAUCAAGCGAAUAAUGGCCAAAGCCUUCAAAAGCCCUUUAUCUUCUCCUCAACAAACACAGCUCCUUGGUGAGUUGGAAAAAGACCCCAAACUUGUUUAUCAUAUUGGCCUCACUCCAGCCAAACUUCCUGACCUAGUGGAGAACAACCCUCUAGUGGCCAUAGAAAUGCUGCUGAAGUUAAUGCAGUCCAGCCAGAUCACUGAGUACUUUUCGGUCCUGGUCAACAUGGACAUGUCUCUCCAUUCGAUGGAAGUUGUAAAUCGACUAACUACAGCUGUUGAUCUACCUCCUGAAUUUAUUCACCUUUAUAUAUCAAAUUGCAUCUCCACUUGUGAACAAAUUAAGGACAAAUAUAUGCAGAAUCGUCUGGUACGUCUUGUGUGUGUUUUUCUUCAGUCCUUGAUCCGUAACAAAAUUAUUAAUGUGCAGGACUUGUUUAUAGAAGUGCAGGCAUUCUGUAUUGAGUUCAGUAGGAUACGAGAAGCUGCUGGCCUUUUCCGGUUGUUGAAGACACUAGAUACUGGGGAAACACCUUCUGAGACCAAAAUGACAAAAUAAUACCUCAUCACAACCACUCCCUUGUUCAGCUGGACUGGGAUUUAAUUUUUUAAAUUGUUAAAAAUCUGAGUGGGUUGUUUGGUGUAAUGCAUAUAAACAACACUUUAGCAGUUUGGCUUUCCCGGAUGACUUCUUCCUUUAGAAGAAUUUUUGAUAAGAACUUGCAGAAAUAUGUCUUAGGUGUUUUACUGAUGGUUAUCCAGAAAAAAAUUAUUGCAAAAGAUAGGUGAGGUCUUUGGCACCAAAGAAGCAAGGUGCCUGUUUUUGUUUAAAACACAAAUUACAGGCUUCUGAUAAGAAUGCAGUUUUCCUAAGGUUCAAAUGUUAAAUAUAUUUAAUGAGAGUAAAUGAAGAUAUUCUCAAGAGUUGGUUGUAUGGCACCUGGGGUGAAAUCACCUGAGUGUUCUUGAAUCGAGUGGCAAACAGAAGUUUGAGCCUUGAGCCCAUUAUGCACAUAGCUCUUACCUCUCAUUAAGCAGAGUUUGAACCAAAGGACAUACUUGUAACGUUUAUCCUUUCCUGUCACGUGGACUUAAUAGACAACAGAAUAAAUGCAUUUCUUGGGCCUCUUAUAAACCUGGGAACUCUUAGAAGCCCUUUUUGGGG